UUCAUUCUUACAAACGUUGCGACGUUCCAGCGAGUCUCCGUUUACUGGUGUGAUAGUGUAGUCGAAAGUGUUUGUGACUUUUUUAGUUAAAAAUUUGUGUGUUCGGGUUAAUUUUUUGGUUAAUUUUUUUCGGUUAAUUACUUGGUUGUACUCGAGUUAUACAUGAAAUAUAUGCUAUUCGAAUUUCGUCAAUAUUAGCCGGAGAUUGAUCACGUAAAUCGUUCGAGUUACCACGAUUGUUAUACUCGAAUUUUUAUGUUUAUUGCGUUAAAGUUAACGAAAAAAAAACUAUAAUGAUUAUUUUUAUUAAAUUUCUAAAAUUAUAACACAAUUAAAAUUUUCAAUAAUGUUUCAAGUUAAAAUGUUAUAAAAUAUUGUGAUUAUUUGACUGGAGGGUACUCGGAAAUUUCCGAGUAAUCAUUCCAGAGAGUUGUUUAAUCUAAAGUGUCUGUUACUGGAUAACCAUUUCGGAAAAAAAGAAAAUCAGAUUUGCCAUCAUGGGUUGUGCUAUGUCCGCAGAAGAGAGGGCAGCUUUAGCCAGGAGUCGGCAGAUUGAAAAAAAUUUGAAGGAAGAUGGCCUUCAAGCAGCUAAAGAUAUCAAACUUUUAUUACUCGGUGCUGGAGAAUCGGGAAAAAGUACCAUUGUUAAACAGAUGAAAAUUAUACACGAAAGUGGAUUUACAUCAGAAGACUUCAAACAAUAUCGACCCGUUGUUUAUAGUAAUACCGUGCAAUCACUAGUCGCUAUAUUAAGAGCAAUGCCAAAUUUAAUUAUACCCUUUGGAAGCCCCGAAAGAGAGACGGAUUCAAAAAUGGUAUUUGACGUUAUCCAACGAAUGGAAGACACCGAACCGUUUUCAGACGAGCUUUUAGCAGCUAUGAAAAGGCUUUGGGCUGAUACAGGUGUACAAGAAUGUUUUGGUAGAUCUAACGAAUAUCAACUAAACGAUUCCGCUAAAUAUUUUUUAGAUGACUUAGACCGAUUAGGAGCUAAAGAUUACCAACCAACAGAACAAGAUAUACUUAGAACAAGAGUGAAAACCACCGGCAUAGUAGAAGUACAUUUUUCAUUUAAAAAUUUAAAUUUCAAAUUGUUCGACGUGGGCGGACAAAGGUCAGAAAGAAAAAAAUGGAUACAUUGUUUCGAAGAUGUAACCGCUAUUAUUUUCUGCGUCGCUAUGUCAGAAUACGAUCAAGUUUUACACGAGGACGAAACCACGAAUCGAAUGCAAGAAAGUUUAAAACUUUUUGAUUCUAUAUGUAAUAACAAGUGGUUCACCGAUACGUCCAUCAUAUUGUUCUUAAACAAGAAGGAUUUGUUUGAAGAAAAAAUCAAAAAAUCUCCUCUUACCAUUUGUUUUCCAGAAUACACAGGCGCUCAAGAAUACGGAGAAGCAGCUGCAUACAUUCAAGCUCAGUUUGAAGCGAAGAACAAAUCUACUACUAAAGAAAUUUACUGCCAUAUGACUUGCGCAACGGACACCAACAACAUACAAUUUGUAUUCGACGCUGUUACCGAUGUUAUAAUAGCGAACAAUCUACGAGGUUGUGGCCUUUAUUGAACGCCGUACAUACCAUACCUAUCAAUAUCGACGAGAAAAUAUGUUAAUAUAGGAUUCCUUGUGUCUAAUUUAGUCAAAUUUAACGACGGUUUAACUGUCGUAAUAUACAUUCGUUAUAAAUGUUAAAUUAUUAUUGUAAAAUUCGUGUUUUAUAACGAUAAAGCAUAAUUUUACCCGCCAACGUUACUUCUUUUUUUCCCUUUUUUUACUUUACGUUAAUAUUUAAGUAAGUCUCGCAGUUUCAGCAUUUCCCUUCACACAUAUAGGCGUCGGUCAUCGUCUACACCGAUGAUCAAUUUUCACCGCAGCUCGCGACCAAUGUGGCUGAAAUGGCGACGAGAAAAAGUAAUUCAUUAAAUAUGUAUAUGAAUGUGUGCGCGUAAAAUUGAAAUAAUUAUCAGGUUUCAAAAAAGUUGCAUGUUCAAAUGAGUAUCUUUUUAAAAAAAAUUUACCAUAAUCGAACAUUUUGUUCAAAUAUAUAGUACCUAUAUGUUAAUAUUUUAAAUUUGUUUUUAUGUUUUUUGUUUUAUUCUUUGUCCCCUUUCCCCCUUUUUUUCUUAUUAUGUAGAAUAUCAACUCGAAUCGAAUCGAAGUGGAAAUUGCAUGGAAAAUAUUCAAUCAUGAAUUAUAAUUUAACUCAAAGUUUUUAAUUUCGUUUUGUAACGCGGUAUCGAUUUUAUGUUAAGCGUAUUCCAAAGAAAAUGAAUAUUAAAGAUGACAAAGUUUAAUUAACUUGAAAUAAUAAUGUUAGUUCUAGAUUUGACAUGUUUACUAAGAUAUUAAAGGGUCCAAGAAAACCUUUGUGAUAAGUUAUAUCAUCAUCGACGAUUCGUCCCCGAAUAGUAGGGUGUUUAUAAAUGUACGCAAAGGAUUGCCCCGUUUGUUGCCGCAUUAAUCGGAUAUGAUGGACGUAACGUAUUGUAUUAUCGAAAAGGUUUUGUAUUCUUUUUUUGUAGUAUCCCCGUGAAAUAUUCGCUUACCUAUGCGAAUAAUUCACAUUUUGUAAGGCAAAAUUUUAAAGUAACGGAAAUGCAUUUAUUACUAUUUACUAUCUCCUCUUUCCUUCUCUCUUUUUAUUGUAUUAUACUUUAAUUUCGUGUUAGAAAUACGAGUAUUUUUCUUUUUGAAAAAAAAAAACAAUGUAUGAGUUAUUUUUUUAUGAUUUUUUUUUGUCUUAUAAAAAUUAUUCAGAAUUCAGAUAUGGGUUGGCUCGUUUAUUUUACGAUGUAUGGUUUUGAAAAUGCAAUAUAUUUGCUCAAAUGUAACCAAGAAAAGAAAUUAAUCCCACUUAUACGAACGCCCGUCAGAACAAACUAUAAUUAUUGGAAAAUUGUACAGUAAUAUUUAUUAAGGCAAUGUGCAAUCUUGUUUUACCAUUUAAUCAAAAUUAUAUUCUAAAAUUUGUUUUCUAGUCAGAAAAUAGUCGCACAUUGACAAAGUGAUAAGUUUAAGAAUUGAUAGGCUAUGAAAGAGGUCGUCGUAAUUUUUCACGGGCCAAUCCUGUACGCUGAUCGAGUAACACUUUAAAAUUAACUUUAUCCUUCUAAUGUGUUUGUUUUAUUUUGGUUAUGAUUUGUUAACUUGAAAAUGUUUUGUCAUUUGUUUUUAUAAAUAUUUUAAUAUUUUUUUUUUGUUUUUUUGUUUUGUACUGGAAUGUCUGUGUUUAAUUUUUUUUUAUUUCUUUCGUAAAUUACGUAAAAUUAUCAUAUUUUGUUAACAUUCCUUUUAUGUUGGUAGUUGUAUUUUGUUAUUAAGUGUGUUUUACCAGAAGGGAAAAAAUUUAAUCUUUACAGUUUUAUAUUCGCGUGAGCGUUUUAAUUUUUAAAAUCAAUUCUAACGUAUUUGGAAAUGACGUUUACGUGUUGUUUGAAAAUUUUUCUAGAAUCCGUUUUAAGAAAUACCUAUUUUUCUUUAUUUCAUUCCUUUCCAUCUCUAUACUCGCUCGUCAUACUUAAAUUUUGAUCGAAGCAUGCGGUUGUUUGAGCCUUGUAUGAGAAUUUAACGUAAUGUUAUUCAGUCUAUGCAAUAGUAAACAAUUGGACCAGUUAGUUAAUAAACCUAUAUAAUGUUAAUAGUUAAAUUAUUAAAAUUAUAUCGAUCAGUUGUGAAACUAAUCGUAUCGUUUUUUCGAUUACGUCGUUUCGAAAUUAUUCCUAUUGCGAUAAUUUGUUUUUUAUGAACGUAUUAUCGAUAUUCCAUUAAUUUUUUUUUAAAACAUACGUACAAAUACGUUAUUAUUUACCGUAAAAAAGAAUGAGAGAAAGGUGUGUUUUUUUUGUUUUUUUUUAAAAAUUGGCGAAUCAUUUCGAAUAUGUUCUAGCAAGUUAGUCUUUAUUUAUAGCGUGUAAUUUUCAACAAUUUAGCCUGACUUUUCGACGUGUGAGCGUGAAUUAACAUCAUUUCUACUUCACAUGAGUGUACAUUUUAUUAUAAUUAUGUAAAAUCUAAUUUAAUAAUCGAAUAUUUAUAAAUAAUAUUUCAUCGGAAAUUUAAUGUAUAAAAGCUUUUUUGUAUUUUUAACAUACAAAUAGCGUGUGCUUUGUUUUCUUAUAACAUUAAGAAUUAUAUCUCUUCCUGCAAAAAAAAAAAAAAACUGCAUAAGCAUUUCUUCACCAUUUUUUUUUUUUUUAUUCCAUCGAUGGUCUACCAUACUUCGAUUUUGUUUUCAUUUUAAUAAUAAGGAUUUUUUGCCUCUUUUACGAGGCGAAAACGAGAUAUAGCAAAAUUGUGUAAUUUUAAUCACGUAUUCAAUUUUCAUAUUUGCACAAAUUUUUUUUAAAUAAGAGUACAAAAAGAAUAUUGUACAGGCAGCGCAUUAUGAGUAGUAAAACAAAGUUACGCAGCUUUAAUGCUGUUUUUUUCGGUUUAUUGGUCAUUUUUUUUUGAAACAAUCAAAAUAUUUAGUAUAUCCUAAAGCUUUAGAUUUUUUUUUUUUCAAAGAGUAUGAAAUCAAAAUAUUUUUAACUAUUAGACUUACGUUUAGAUAUUAACCAUUAUUUUACAUUAUAUUGCGUUUUAUUUUCGAUUUUUUUUUGUCAUACAAUUACGCGUUGUAAAUAACGAAUGUUAUCGUAUUGUUUAAGAUGGCGGAAGAAUAAUAUAUUUGAUAUUUAUGUUUUAAAAAAACGUUAAUUCGAUUCUAGUCACAGUCAGCAAAAAGAGAAAAAAUAAAUAAAAACUAUUUAAAAUUAGAUAUCGGUUAAAAUGUCAUUACAUAAUAUUUUGUAACGUUUUAUUUUAACUGGUAGUAUAAUAAACAUUUUUUAAAUAAGUUUAUUAGGUUGUAUAUUAGGUAAUUGUAUUAUUGCUGGUUGUUGAUAUUGCUUUCAUUUAUUUAAUUUUUUUUUCAAUUGGUUCAUGAUUUUAAUUCAAUAUACGCCACUUGUCAUGUA